AUUUUAGCAUUUUAAAAUUCUGUGAAGACACAGCAAUCAAUACAAAAAGAAUUUGAAAUCAAUCAUGGAAUAAACAUAGGCCUAAAUUUUUUCAUUUCCCACGUUUAGGCGAAAAAUUUACUUCUUUUGGUUGUCCUAUCAUAAAAGAAGUAAAACCAUAUAUAUAUAAAAUGAAGAAAUUCUUAGCAGAUGAACUAACAAAGUGCAAAAUGCAAGAUAGCCAACAUGCAACCGUACCUCUCCUCCCUGAGCUAAACAGACACAAUUCCGCCGGGACAACCUCAUUUCUAAAGACAAUUUUCAAUGGUCUCAACGCCCUCUCAGGGCUCGGGAUUCUCUCGGUCCCCUACGCGCUCUCGUCGGGAGGAUGGUUGAGCUUGAUACUAAUGAUCAUCAUCGCCGCCACCACUUUCUACACCGGACUGCUGAUCAAACGAUGCAUGGAAGACGACCCCUGCAUAAGAAGCUAUCCCGACAUCGGCUACAAGGCAUUUGGCAGCACAGGAAGACUGAUCAUCUCAAUUUUAAUGAAUCUAGAGCUCUACUUGGUUGCCACAGGUUCCCUAAUACUGUUAGGCGACAAUCUGCAUCGACUGUUGCCCAAUGUCGAGAUCCAUGUCUACGGCGAUAUUGUAAUAGGCGGCAGGCAAAGCCUCGUUCUUCUCGUGGCCAUAGUUAUGAUGCCCACAGUUUGGAUAGACAAUAUGUCUACUCUUUCAUAUGUAUCCGCAACCGGAGUUUUCACUUCCCUAGUCAUACUCGGGUCGAUCCUUUGGUUAGGCGUUUCCGUCGAUGGAAUCGGGCUGCAGCACAAGGGAGUUCUUUUCGAUUGGAACGGGCUCCCGACUGCUUUCAGCUUAUACACUUUCUGUUUCUGUUCCCACGCAGUUUUUCCGACGUUGUAUAGCUCGAUGUGGAAUCCGAGACAGUUCUCAUUCGCUCUGCUUCUAUGUUUUAUGCUCUGUACCGUUGUCAUCGCAUCAAUGGCGAUUCUCGGCUACCUGAUGUUUGGUUCGGACUUGCAGUCGCAGAUAACAUUGAAUCUUCCGACAGAUAGGAUGAGCGCGAAAGUGGCUGUAUACACGGCUCUUCUAAAUCCUAUAGCUAAAUACGGGUUGACGCUGAAACCAACUGUGGACUCAAUCGAGAACCAUUUUAAAUGGCUGCGCGAGAAUAGAUCCCGCUCGUUAUUCAUGAGAACUGCCUUGGUUGGAAGCAGCGUUGUUUUGGCGCUAAUGCUCCCAUUCUUCGGUCACCUCAUGUCGCUCGCUGGAUCAUUGUUUGGCGUCCCGACAUCUAUACUGCUUCCCUGCUUCUGCUAUUUGAAGAUUUCGGGAGCUUACAAGAGGAUUGGCGUCGAAUCCGCAGUCAUUGUUUUCGCCGUGUCGAUGGGAAUUGUUAUUCUCGUCUUCGGCACUUACACUUCUGUCCUACAAAUUGUAUAUAACCUUUAGAAAUUCAAUCCAAAACAUUCUUCUAUGUUGCAAGUAUAAUAAAACUGUUUACUUAC